AUACAAUAAUAAUAAAUAAAUAAACAAAAGAAAUGAAGCAGCUCUCUUGGAUCCAGAUCUUCUGUUUUUCCUCUAUAAACAAAACAUGGGGUUCCCCCCUCUACAAUCCCCAAAAAAACCAUCACCUGUUCUUAGCUCUCAGCAAUGCAUGCACCCCUAAGAAAUCCGUUACUUUCUCCCAAAAUCUUCUCCUCCUCCACAUUAUUAUUACUUCUCUCAAUAAACACUCUUUUCUUCUCUUCUUGUUACUCCAAUAUUAUUAAUAUUGAUGAUGUACAAUCCCAAGCUCUUCUAACAUGGAAGAACACCUUAAACAGCUCCACGGAUGCUCUGAGAUCAUGGAAUUCUUCACACCAAACUCCUUGCAAUUGGCUUGGGAUACACUGCAACUCAAACCACCAAGUGCUCAAGAUAAGCUUAAAAUCGAUGGAUCUCCAAGGUCCAUUGCCUUCAAAUUUUGAAUCUCUCACCUCAUUAAAUACUCUUAUUCUCUCAUCAACCAAUCUCACCGGUAAGAUUCCAAAGGAGUUUGGAGGGUAUAGUGAACUGGGCGUCAUUGAUAUCAGUGACAAUUCCAUCACAGGAGAAAUCCCGGUGGAAAUUUGCAAGCUAAGCAAACUGCACAGUUUAUCUCUCAAUACAAAUUUUCUCCAAGGUGAAAUUCCAUCAGAUAUUGGAAAUCUCUCGAGUCUUGUGUAUCUAACUCUCUAUGACAAUCAGCUCAGCGGCAAAAUUCCAAACAGUAUUGGAAACUUGAGCAAUCUUGAAAUCUUCCGAGCAGGUGGAAACCAAAAUCUUAAAGGUGAGCUGCCAUGGGAGAUUGGAAACUGCACCAAUUUGAUCAUGUUAGGCAUUGCUGUAACUAGUAUUUCUGGGAGUCUCCCUUUGUCAAUUGGGAUGCUGAAAAGAAUUCAGACCAUAGCCAUCUACACAACUCUCUUGUCAGGUCCUAUCCCAGAAGAGAUUGGAAACUGCAGUGAGUUGCAGAACCUUUACUUGUAUCAGAAUUCCAUAUCCGGUCCAAUCCCAAGGAAAUUUGGGGAGCUCAAAAGGCUUCAGAGUCUGCUGUUAUGGCAGAACAGCAUAGUUGGCACAAUCCCAUAUGAGCUUGGAAGCUGCAGGGAGCUCAAAGUCAUGGAGUUGUCGGAGAAUUUACUGACAGGAAGCAUACCAACAAGUUUUGGAGGCCUUCUGGGGCUUCAAGAGCUUCAGCUGAGCGUUAACCAGUUAUCAGGUACUAUACCUUCUGAACUCUCGAAUUGCACGGUUCUGACCCAACUGGAAGUAGACAACAAUGAAAUUUCUGGUGAGAUUCCUGUUCAAAUUGGUAAAUUGAAGAGGUUGACUCUGUUCUUUGCCUGGCAGAAUAAGCUAACAGGCAAAAUUCCAAUCUCUCUCGCUGAGUGUGAGAACCUUCAGGCUCUUGAUCUUUCUUACAACCACCUCUUUGGUUCAAUACCGAAAGAGAUUUUUGCAUUGAAAAAUCUUACCAAGCUCCUGCUACUUUCCAAUGAUUUAUCAGGCUUUAUACCACCUGAUAUUGGAAACUGCACAAACUUGUAUAGGUUCCGAGUGAAUGAAAACGGGCUGGGGGGUAUUAUUCCAUCGGAGAUUGGAAAUUUGAGAAGUUUAAAUUUCCUUGAUACGAGCAAUAAUCAUGUAGUAGGGGUAAUUCCUCCCUCAAUAUCUGGAUGCAGAAACCUUGAGUUUCUUGAUCUUCAUUCAAAUGGACUCACAGGUUCUCUGCCCGGUACACUGCCCAAAAGCCUACAGUUUGUGGACAUUUCGGACAACAGACUUACGGGUCCACUGACUCCCAGUGUUGGUUCAUUGACCGAAUUAACCAAACUCAAUCUUGGAAAGAAUCAACUUUCCGGCAGGAUCCCAGCAGAGAUCCUAUCUUGCAGUAAGCUACAAUUGCUAGAUCUUGGGAACAAUGCUCUCUCGGGUGAUGUACCAAAAGAAUUGGGUCAAAUUCCAGCACUCGAAAUAUCUCUCAACAUUAGCGGUAACCAAUUCACCGGUGAGAUUCCAUCGGAAUUCUCAGGUCUUACCAAACUUGGAAUCCUUGACCUCUCCCACAAUAAGUUUACGGGGAACUUAAACAUUCUCGUAAGCCUUCAAAACCUUGUAUCCCUCAACGUGUCAUUCAAUUCCUUUUCCGGUGAAUUACCCAAUACCCCAUUCUUCCGUAAACUCCCUCUAAGUGACCUUGCCGGAAACCAAGCUCUAUAUAUUUCCGGUGGGGUUGUAACUCCUGCUGACAGAAUGGAAGGUACAGGACGUGCCAAAUCAACAAUGAAGCUAGCAAUGUCAAUCCUUGUAAGCAUCAGCGCAGUACUAUUGCUACUUGCUAUUUACAUGUUAGUUCAGGCCCGUAUGGCCAACAGUGGUUCCAUGGAGUGUGACAAUUGGGAGUUGACAUUUUAUCAGAAGAUGGAAUUCUCCAUUAAUGACAUAGUCUGCAAUCUAACAUCAGCUAAUGUGAUUGGCACUGGAAGCUCUGGAGUUGUAUACAAGGUGACAAUUCCAAAUGGGGAAACACUGGCAGUGAAAAAGAUGUGGUCAUCAGAAGACUCGGGAGCUUUCAGCUCUGAAAUUCAGACACUGGGUUCAAUCCGGCACCGGAAUAUUGUGCGUCUCUUAGGUUGGGGUUCAAAUCAGACGCUGAAAUUGCUGUUCUAUGAUUACCUUCCCAAUGGAAGCUUGAGCUCUCUGCUUCAUGGAGCUGGUAAGGGAAGAGCAGAAUGGGAGGCUAGAUAUGAUAUUGUCUUGGGUGUGGCACAUGCACUUGCAUACCUGCACCAUGAUAGUGUGCCUCCUAUCUUGCAUGGGGAUGUCAAAGCCAUGAAUGUGUUGUUGGGUCCUCGUUAUGAACCUUAUCUUGCUGACUUUGGGUUGGCUAGGCUUGUCACUAGCAAUGGUGAUGAUUAUGAUUAUCAUCAUCAUCAUCAUCUUUCAAAUUCAAAGCAGCAAAGUCAGAGACCUCACCUUGCUGGUUCUUUUGGGUACAUGGCUCCUGAACAUGCUUCAAUGCAACGUAUUACAGAAAAGAGCGAGGUGUAUAGCUUUGGUGUGCUUCUUUUGGAGGUCUUAACAGGGAGGCAUCCAUUAGACCCAACUUUGCCAGGUGGUGCACACUUGGUUCAGUGGGUUCGUGACCACUUGCACAGUAAGCGCGACCCGAUUGACAUUCUUGACACCAAGUUCAGAGGAAGGGCUGACCCCGAGAUGCACGAAAUGCUACAAACACUAGCCGUUUCAUUUCUGUGUGUCACCACUCGUGCCAACGAUCGCCCAAUGAUGAAGGAUGUUGUAGCAAUGCUCAAGGAAAUUCGACAUGUUGAUCCUGCAAGGUCACAGCCCAACCUGCUGAAGAGGGGUUCGCCAGCACUUCCUCCAUCGCCUCCCACUCGGAAUAUGGUUUUACAAGGAUCCUCCAAUUGUUCCUUUGCUUUCUCCGAUGAUUCAGUCUAAAUAAAGUUCCAAGGAGGAGCUAAUAAAGCUUUUUUCGCAUACUUAUAUUCUGUUUCCGUUGGAGGAGAAUCAAGAAGAGCACGCUGGGAAAUUACAUUAGGAUUUUUAUUGUUAAUUUCCUUUCUUUUUCUUUUUUUUUUUCUUUUUUUUUUUUUUUCUCACUUUAUCUGAUUGUUGUAGAUUGAAGAAUUAAUUAUUAACAUAUUUUUCUAGAUAAAAGAAAUGUAAUGAAAAAUAUUAUUAGUGUUUUAUGGAACUUGUGAAA